AUGCAUAAUAUGCAUCUUACAUUGGUUCGUUCAUACAUGUACGAUCUGCACGGUUGUCAGUAGUCGAGUCAGUCAUGUCAGCUGUGUGCAUGUGGGCGAAGAUGGAUACCGUCUGAAAACCGCUUACUCUGUCCGUGUUCACCUUUUUAAAGUUUUUGUCCAUCUUUUCUUAAAGCUGAAUCCUCUUGAUUGCUGGUAACUUGGAAUUGUACUGAAAGCAGCUACCCUGUAACGUCAAGAUAUGGGGCAUUUUAGGACUGUGAUUGGGCUGAGAUGUGUGAUUUUGUGGCCCGUUGUAGUCGCCGCCACGUUGCUGUCAGUUGCAGUGACAACAAAACCAGCACAUGCAUUUGAGUUUGUGGACCAGCCUCGGAGCAGGGAUUCGUUGGAAGGGAGGAACACAAUCCUUCAGUGCAGCGUCGACGACGACACAAACGUUGAAUUCAAAUGGACGCUAGAAGGCGAAGAUAUACAAGAUGAUGACCGCCGGUCUGUGACUGACGGGGACUUGACCAUUACAAGAGUGGACAGAGUGUUGGACUUAGGGGAGUUUCGUUGCGUGGCCACCAAUACGGUGACCUCGGAAAGUAAAACCAGUGAUCCCGCUGAGCUAAAUAUAAUAUGGAUACAACCCUCUGCCAAAGUCACCUUGAAGUCUCCGGACUCCCUGGACCUGAUUAAGGAAGGAAGCCGGGUCACUCUCAACUGCAAAGUGGACGGCAACCCUCCGCCGGACAUAGUCUGGUACCGGGACAAAGUUCGGCUUGAAGCUGAUGAGAACAUUGAGCUGACGCGUAGCAGGCUGCGGCUCCGCAGUGCCAGCACAGAGGACAGCGGCGUCUACUCUUGUAUUGGGCAGAACCGGGCUGGGCAAGCCUGGAGCUCAGGCGGAAACCUUACCCUGACCAUUCUGGAUGCCGACUUUCCCAUCAACCAAGAGUCACCAGAGGAUGUGCUAGCAGUUGUCGGGACGUCGGCACAGUUCCGGUGCUCCUUUUCUGGCAACCCAAACCCAGACAUAGAAUGGUAUUUCCGUCGGUCGAACGAGGGGAACAACGUGGUGCAUCUGGCAAAUGGGACGAGCACCAGGAUCUUUCCAGAUGGCACUCUCCACAUCGGCGACAUCAUGCUGACUGAUGAAGGCACUUACAUCUGCAUUGGGAGGAAUGAAGUCGGAGAGGCUGACGUCGAGGCCCAGCUUGUCGUAGCAAAAGUGGAAGAUCUUCCCAACCUUGGCACUCGGAUGGUCCCCGACGGUGAACCUCUAUCAGUCAACUGCACCUACCCCUACGGCGAGACGGGGGGCAUGCCCACACCCCAGAUCAGCUGGCUGGACCAGUCCAAAGCCCCCAUCAGUGUUAACCCAGAUGACAGGGUCCACACCGUAGGGGGGACAUUACUAGUCUUCAACCGUCUGGUGGAAGCUGACAAUGGCAACUACACAUGCAAGGCAGUCAACUCCGCUGGAGAGAAGACUACUCAACUUGGUGUCGUUGUUGCAACUGUCCCUGAAUUCACCGUGCGGCCUCAGGACACGGCGGAGAAGGAGAUGACGGAUGCUUGGCUGCACUGUCAGGCAGACGGGAACCCCAAACCGCAGAUACGAUGGUUGAAGAAGGAUAAUUCCGAGUUGCAGGACAGUAGAUUUGUUACGUUGGACAACGGAACACUACACAUCCGAAACCUUAUGAUGAGUGAUGAGGGUGUUUUGUUGUGUCAGAUUGCGACAAUUGCAGGCAGUGAUGUUGCUAAGGCCACACUAUCUGUCAUACCGGUCCUGAAGUUCUCCCCGCCACCAAACAGCAAGCCCCUGGAGCGGAAUGAGGACUCCAAGAUGGUCUGCCGGGCCACGGCCCGCACCCCGCCCAUCAUCCGCUGGUUCAAGUUGCCUGACCGGCUGGCCAGAUGGGACGACCACAUCAACGAGACAGACGGCAAGCUCAGCUUCCACCCGGCUAAGAAGAGCGACGCUGGCCGGUACAUGUGCGUAGCCACGGCUGGCAAUGAAGUCAUCAAUAUCACGGUCACAAUUGACGUCUUCGAACGUCCCAAAUUCACCAUCCUUCCCAAGAACAUGACGGGCUAUGAGGGCUACUCUCUGAUCAUGGACUGCCAGGCUAAGGGCGACCCGCUCCCACGCAUUACCUGGUUGGGUAUCGCCCCGGCCAAGGUAGAAGCCCCUCACAUGAUCAAGCUGGAUAACGACUCACUCCUAAUUGAUGAGAUCAAGGCCUCGGACGCAGGCAACUACCAGUGCAUCGCUGGCAGCGACGCGGGGCUGAGCAACCAGGAGAUCACGCUGACUGUCAAAAAGGGAACCCCACCAGGUUCCACCCCAUUCACCCCUCAGCUGAUGCACCGCACCAUCGCCAUCGCGGUGGGCUGCGCCCUGGCCUAUAUCAUCCUAGUCGUGGGGCUGAUGUGGUGGUGUCGGCAGCGACGACGCAAGCAGCGACGCCUGAUGAAGGAAGAAGCAGCAGCUGCAGAAGCCGCUGCGGCCCUAGGCCCCGGGGCAGCGGGCGCCGACGGGGAAGUGGCUAAGCUGAACGGCAGCUUGCCCCACCCGCAGGCUAAGACCUACCACGACGAGGAGCAGAAGGCAGCGGCGGGCAUGAGCAACGGUGACAUGGCCAUGAGUCCGCUGACGAAAGGUGCAGCGGGAAGGAGAGGCAGUUAUGACAAGCUGCAGUUCCCGCGCCACGACCUGCAGACACUUGUUGUCAUUGGCCAUGGCUCGUAUGGGGAGGUGUUCCUGGCCCGGGCGGUGGGCAUCACGGAAGGCGUGGAGGCCACCACAGUCAUGGUCAAGGCCUUGCAGAGCAAGAACGAGAGCCAACAGAUGGACUUCCGACGAGAGAUGGACAUGUUGAGCAAACUGUGCCACGAGAACGUGGUCAAGCUGCUGGGCAUGUGCAGGGAGGCUGAGCCACAACUCAUGAUCUCUGAGUAUCUGGAGUGGGGAGACCUGAAGCAGUACCUGCAUGCCACCCGCGGCGAGAACGGUACAACCAAUGUACCGCCACCUUUCACCCUGGCCCAGAAGCUGGAUGUAAUCAACCAGGUGGCCAUGGGCAUGGAGCACCUUGCCAGUCACCGCUUCAUCCACGGUGACUUUGCUGCCCGCAACUGCCUACUCAGCCCGGCCAUGGAGACCAAAGUCAGCCUGAUGAGCGUCAGCCGGGACCUGUACCGGGCCGAGUACCACGAGUACAAGCAGAAGCUGGUGCCCGUGCGCUGGAUGCCGGCCGAGGCCAUCUUCGAGGACGAGCUGUCCACCAAGAGCGACGUCUGGGCCUACGGCGUCUUUGUCUGGGAGGUCUUUGCCCAGGGCGAGCUGCCCUACAAGACCCUGGACAACGACGCCCUCAUGAGGGCGCUGUUGGACGGCAACCUGACGCUGGAGACGCCGGCCGGCACUCCGGAUGAGGUGGAGAUCCUGAUGCACCGCUGCUGGGCUGAGAGUGCCAAGGAGCGUUACUCCUUCAGCGAUAUCGUCUUGGCGUUGCAGAAUAUAUCACCUGAUAGCAGUGUGUGAGAAACACAUACAACAGACUGUCCCCCGGGGACUCUCUAGAGAGCUCACGCUGACAUGCACAAUCAAAUUCUUAACCAAAUCCCUACACGAAUCAGCACAAAAAGGCGAGCUGCGUCAUUAAUUCAUGUGUUUCUCAAGACUUGCAAUUUUAGAGAGUAACUAGUUCUUGACAGUUUUAGAAGGUACAUGUUUGGUUUCAAAUGUUGUUUGUUGUUGCAAACUACAUACAAUAGUUGAUCCUCACUUCAAUGGUGUGCAGAGACAGGCUAAUUGAUGUAUGAACUUUUGAGAAACCAAAAUUUGCUUUUGUAGUUGACAUAGUUCUCUGUCUCCUCUUUCCCCUCCAAAUCCACACUGUGCCUAACCAGUUCAUGCAUUUUAAGUGAUUGUGUGUCUUAAACACAAGGCACUUGCAAGUGUAAAAUUAAACUAAGACCUACU